UGUUAUUAGUGCAUUUCUUGUUAUUUUCUAUCUAAUCACAACGUCAAGAGAUCAUCUUGUUGAUGUGUGUGGCAAUGGUGCCACUGUCUUCACAGAUUUUCCAUGACAAGCGUUGGAUUAUAGUCCAUUUCUGACAUCUAAUGGGUAUACUUGGUAGUGCAGCUUGUUUGCCCUCUCUAUAAACCCCGCCUCCGAAAAUCUCUCUCAACUUCUAAUUGGUUCAAAGAAUUUUCUCUCUUCAGUCUGAUUCGCUAACUGGAUUCGCCAUAGCCGUCACUCACAACAGAGGUCACACAUGAUUCAAAAAUGGACGCGUCCUGUUGAAACGCUACCUGCAGUCUGAGUUUAAAAUGAAUACUUGUAUUAUUUCAGUUAUUUUGAAGCAAAAACACUCUGAAUCAUAUGGAAAAUAUGGAGCUUCCUGAAGAGACCGUGUGAGCUGUCGUCUACUCCUGCGAUGCUUUCACUCAAAGCUGUGUCAUGUUUACAAAGGUCGAGGGGAUCAGGGGCGAGAGGCGUCCCUCUCCUAAUCUUCUGUCGGGGCCAGAAAGUAUAAAAGACCUGUAAACCCUGCACCACUCCCAAGGAAAGCCGAGCGUUGACAUCCACUCCUCCUCAGGAGAGAGAUACAUAAGGCGAACGGUGCUGCAGCUGCACCCAGUCAACAGCCUGUCAAUCAACCGCACUACAUCACGGGGAGUGAAUUCAAAGAGAAGAGACCAACAGUGACCAACAGCCAUGAAUCUUGAACCGCCCAAACCAGAGAUCAAAUCAGCCACCCGUGUCACUGGUGGUCCCGCCACACCACGCAAAGGACCACCUAAGUUCAAGCAGAGGCAGACUCGCCAGUUCAAGAGCAAGCCACCAAAGAAGGGUGUCCAAGGUUUUGGAGAUGACAUCCCUGGCAUGGAAGGUUUAGGCACUGACAUCACUGUCAUCUGCCCCUGGGAGGCCUUCAACCAUCUGGAGCUUCACGAGUUGGCUCAGUAUGGUAUCAUCUGAGCCCUUCACCUUCUCGUCAUCCUUCCCGUCAUGGUCUCCAAACCACCUGCCUCCGUCCUGGCCAUUGGCUCCAAGUGCACCAUUCCAUCUUUUAUAACAGAAUAAACACACAAAAGAGCAACAUUUAUAAAAAUGGAAAAACUAAGAAAAAUUUCAACAGCAACAAAAAAAAAAAUCUGACUAUCAAUCCCUCCGGUUUCUCUUCUUUCUUGCAGUCCAAGAACACGUUCUGCUCAAACUAUAGAACAGAAAAGUCUAUAUGAUCGCAUUCUGUUUGCCUAGAAAAACUGCUGCUCCUUUUCUUUGCUCUUUUCUACUCUCCCUCCAUUUUCUUCUGGAAUACGAAACAUACGCAAGCAAGACAGCCUCAGUGUGAGUAAAAACAAGAGACGUACCCGUGAAAUGCCUGGCUUCUCAUUUCACGUGCCUCGGUGCCUCUUCACUCCACCUUCGCCGAGUUCAUAAGAAAAGAUCAAAGUCCUGUAGAGAUGAAACACCCUGCUGGCCGACAUUUUAGUUAGACCACCAAAACUUCAUUUCAGCCCACUCUUUCCCCAUCAGGCUACCCAAUUGGGUAAUAAAUACAGAUUUUGACAUUUCAACCUUUCCACUCCCUUCUACUUUUUUAAUGUCUCUGUGGAACAGUUACUUUUUAAAUAUCAUAUUGGCUUUGUGUUUUUGCAACCCCCUUAUUCAAUGCAUACAUACAUAUACAGGCACAACUGGAUCGUUAGAAUUCAUUUUGGGCUAUAAUUUUCGGUUUCAGUGAGUCUCUCGGGUGACUGUUAGGGAGCAGUGUAUUGGGCUGUCAUGUCUUGUGUUUUCUUUCAUUCAUAUAGGCCUAGUUAUU